GGGGGACUGGCCACGGAGAUGGACACACAGAGAGGAGAGCAGCGUGUGGAGACGGAGGCAGAGAUCAGGGUCGUGCCCGGGGCCCCUAGGAAGGCCACAGCCACCAGAAAUAAGUCUCUUCCCCAGAGACUUCGGAGGCAACGUGGCCCUGUGACACCCCGAUUUCAGACUUCCGGCCUCCAGAGCCCUGAGAGAGUAAGGUUCUGCUGUUCUAAGCCACCCAUUUGCCUGUUACAGCCGCCCCGGGAGAGCAGUGUGCCUCGGCCCCUUCUCCGCACGGCAGCCCGAGGCCAUGCCCUUCCUCCGCUCCAACGCUGCAGGGCCUCUCAUCUCUGUUAAGGUCAAAGCCAGAGUCCAGACAUGAACCUGAACGGCCCUACGCCCUCUGUGAUGCCCCUUAACCUCAAGGACCUCUUCCCUCUUCUCUCCAUCACUAGUUAAUCCCCCAGCCGCACUGACCCCAGCAAACCCGCCACCUCGGGACCUAUGUGGAUUGUUCCAAGGAUGGACGUGUAUUUCCACCCACCCCUACACGGACGCUGCACCCGCCUCAAGGGGCAUCUCCAGUCCCUUGAACCUGGGCUAUCCCAGGGCUCGCUCUGGCCACAGACUGUGGCUGCAGUAUUGCUCCGAUGUUCUGACCUGCCAGCUGCCAGUUGGCAUUCCUGGGAUUCUCCAUGCCGUGUAAAGAAGCUUUGGCUGGACCCCUGAGCAAGGAGCGGCCUCCUGGAGAGGAAAUGGAUGAGCUGGCUGGAGGGGAGCCCUCCGCUGUUCCUCCCACCCCAGCCGUGUGUGUGAAGCCCCAGCUGGGUGUCGCCACAUGUGAGGGACUCCAGGUGAUGCAGACGGAGCAGAAGAAAUGCCCAGCAGAGCCCAGCGCACCUACAGGCUUUCGGGAGGUGAUCAAGCGUUUAUUGUUUUCACCCUCAGAGCUUCGGAGGCGUUUGGUAUGAGCAAGAGGCACAUCGCAGAGGCUCAAUAAACCACGUGUGUACAGUCGCCCCAAAUGCAACAACUAAAAAAGACCUCAGUGCUGUGCCCUCCAGCUGCCCAGUGUCCCCAGCAGGAAGGCCCUGACGCCAGGCUCGGGUGGAUCAGGGAUGACCCAGGGUGGCUGCCUCUCGGCCCUGCAUUGGGGGAGUGCACUCAAAGGGGGCGUUCUCCUACUGCAAGGGCUUCCUGGUUUGUGCUGCUGGGGGUGUGAGGCUUUCUUUCCCUGGACCGGAGAGGGGGCCUGUUCUGAGGGAGGCACAGGCGGACCUGGAAGAGGCCAGACCACUGUGUAGCAGGGAGAUUCGGGCCCAGGGUGGGGGUCCGUGAACUGUGGGGACUUUUUUGUUCGCUAGUAGCAGACAGGUGUCUGUUAGGUGAGUGGCCCCAAGGCCGAGCUGGUGGCAGGGGACGUCAUCAAGUCACUAGCACUCUCCCUCUCUGCUCUGAGUCCCAGGCUGUGGAUCUGGGGCCUCCCUCUGCUGGGGUGGGUGGGAAGAGCCUUGCAGCCCUUGGUAGCGCCCAGAGCUUUCUGUGCCCCUCCUUGGAGACAGGAUGUGAUGGUUUCCAUGGAGCUGGGCGGGCCUUUGGGAACAUUUAGCCGCCUGCCCUGUGUGAGGGGGUGGGUGGGAGCCUCACCCUGUCCCAUGAAUCACCCCAAAGCUACACGGCAAGGUAGCUCUUUGGGAGGAGACUAUCCCCCAGGGCUGGUGGGUCUCCCCCCUCCCCCGGAGCGCCGCAGCAUCUGGGCAUCCUGGCUCCACUCCAUUCACGCUGGGUCACCUGCAGCAGCCCCAGGUCGAGUGCAGGGCCAGGGGGUGGCUCCUCAAGCCCUGAGGCUCGAGAAGGAGCCCUCACACCUGGGCCUGGGGGGCCAAAGGGAGCCAGCUGGAGCCCCAGGUGGACUGUGGCUAUGGACACCCUGGUGCAAAUGUGACCUCGUCCCAGAUCACACUGGGAAGGAGCACUGAGGUUUGCCUACGUCUGUGGCAUGUAAUAAAAAUGGCAUUUCAGAUCAGGAGGGCAAGAACUGAUUUUUCAGCAUUUUAGGUUUUUUCCAGUGUUUGAGGUUUUUGUGAAGGCUUCAUCACGUAGGGGUGAUUGAUUAACCCAUUGGCUGUUGAUGAUUCAACCUCCAGCCCCCCUCCCCUCCCCACAGGUAGGAGCGAUACCGCCCACCCAAAGGUCUAACCCUCUAAUCAUGCGGCUGGUUCCCUUGGCAACCAGCCCCCUUCCUGCGGUUAUCUAGGGGCUUUCAGAAAUCACUCAGGUAUGGUUGAAAGGGGGUGGUUAGAAAAAGCAAGAAACACCCAUUUCACCUUUACCACCCUGGCGUUAUUUCAGGGAACAAAGGCUGCUCCGUGUGCUGGGUCCCGCAGACAAAGACCGCAGUCUCUAUCAGGGCAGCCGCUGGGGAGACAAAGGAGCUUUUCCAGGGCUGGGUGUGCCCAGGACUUGCAGCCUGGGCCCCACUGGACCCCUGGUGUCCUCACUCUCUUCUGCAUCCGGGCCCAGCAGCACUGGCCACGCCCUCGCAAAGACCCCCACACCUGCUCCACCUCUGCCUGUUCGACCUCCACGUCCCGUGGCUAAAGGACGACCUGCCUCUGAAGCCUGUCCUGUCACCACCAGCGCACUGGUGACAUACAGUCAUGGUCAGUCUUGAAACGUCUGGAACUAUCUGCUAGCACUUGGUCGCCAAAGAUCUACCAGAGCGCAUCAACUAUGUGCCCCAGCUCUCGAGCGCCACCCUGGCAGGGAGACUCACCCAGUCCACCCUCACCCUGGACCAGCCAAGGGGCCAGUUCAGUCACCUCAACAUCUCUGACUUUGAUGCCAUCUGGCUGGUGGUGGCCCACAGCAACGAGGAUGGAGGACACCCCGGUCCCCGCCGACCUCCCCCAGAGGGGCUACUACCUCACACUGAGGGCCAACCGGGCACUCUACCCAGGCGGCCCGCCCAGCCACCAGCUCCAGGUCCUCCGUGUUGGCAACAAUACCCGCUGCUCCCCGAGGACAAGGGGCUGCAACCACCCGCUGCCCGGCCCGGGCCCCUACCGAGUGAAGUUCCUGGUGAUGAGUGACCGGGGGCCCGUGGCUGAGACAGAGUGGUCCAGUGAGACCCGCCUGCAGCAAGCCAAGGCACUCCCGGCGGCCCCUGGGUCUCAGAGUGCAGGCGCCGUGGUCAUCAUUGCCAUCCUGUCGGUCCUGCUGGCCGUCCUCCUCACCGCCCUCCUCGCCCUGCUCAUUUACACUUGCUAUGACACCCGCGGGAGCACGCCCAUCUCGGACCCAGGGGAGCUGGUGCGCGUGAGAAGAUAUAACACCCACCACACGUUCAGCCCUCCAGCCGAGGGGGGCUCCUGAGGGCUUCCCCCCUUCUGCCCCUCAGCCUCCCCCCAGGCAAGGUGGCAGAGCCUGGGCUGGGGGCCGGCCCUGCUGCUUCCGAGCCCUGGGAGAGAGUGUUUCCACAUAAGGGGGAGGAAGGAUGUCCUUAGCCGUAUGCUUGGGCCUGACCCCCAGAAAUAAAUGUCCCCAACAGCCCCUUG